AUGGCAUCGUCGGAAACUACACCGCUAUUACCCAAGAAGGAGUCUGCAGUUGAGGUCAAGCCACCAAAACCCGCUACUUAUCCCGCUACUUUGGAAAUGUCUAUUUGGAUCCCGCCGAUUUUAUUUUUCACUAUCAGCGGGGCCUUGAGCGGUCUAUUGAUGCUUCCUAUGAUCCCACUUCCAGGCAUGUCAUCACCACUGGUCACGGGAAAAAUAUGGGCCGGGGCCUGGGGUUUGAUCUUUGGGCUCGGUUGCGGAAUGGAAGCGCUUGCAUACGCCUGGUGGCUUCUGAUGAAGCUAUUGACGAGGGACGAUCAAAAAUUCAAAUUUCCUGUACUUAUUCUCUAUAUGUUCAUGCUCUGUGCCUAUAUUCAGCAUAUAUCGACGGUUUUUGGCAUCGAUGCACAUGGCGACCCGAUAGAGGAGAAGAGAGAAUCCACCACUACGUCGGAAGCUCGCCGGCUACAUACCUAA